ACAGACAGACACACACACACACACACACACACACACACACCCUCGCCAAACCCCCCGGCUCUCUGUGAAUGGUUGGAGCGUAAUUGCAGCAGCGUGAGGUCAGCAGGCAUUUAUCAGAGUUCACUCUGUGCUCGCUAAACAGGGGAAGAUGCCGACUGCUCACACACACUCACGCACACACACACACACUCCGAAACUUACACGCUCAGAGGUCUCGGAACAGAUGACACACACACACGCACAUACUCACCACGAUUUACACUCUGUCUGGGAAUAACAGCAUGCAGAGCCAAGGAGUGCAACAUUCACCGUCCAGAAUAUCUGAGAUAACAGCAGUCUGAGAGAGAGAGAGAGAGAGAGAGAGAGAGACGGAAGAGCAGACGAAGAGACAGACAGAGGGACAAACGGAGGGACAGACAGAGCGGCUCCUGUCCAGUGGAAGUGUUUUUCCCCAGGGAGUGAGACGUAGCGGGACGCAUCCUAACUGGAUCUGAAGUGACUGACGUGCUCCUGAGGAAUGACGUUUCCAGUGGACACAGAGUGACUCGGAGUGACCGCUGGAGUUCCGUGGAGUGACGUUCCAUCAGAGUGACAUGCAGUUAUACACCACUACACUCAGAGUGAUCAGAGUGACAGCUGGAGUGGUGGUGAUGUGGAGAAAUAUCCCGCGGCGGUCUUAUUGAGGUUCUUCUUAUAGUGACUCAGAACCAAUCGGAGUGAUCAGAGUGACAGCUGGAGUGACGUUCGAUCAGAGUGACCUUCAGGUAAACAGCGUUACACUCAGAGGGCAGCGGGACUGGAGUGGAGUGGUGUGACGUUGGACUGGAGAGACAUGUAUGUGGAGGAGUUUCCAGCGGUGUUGUGAUUGAGGUUCCUCUCAGAGUGGUUCAGAGUGACUCAGAGAAAUCUGGAGAGAUUGAAAGUGAUGGAGUGACAUUUGGAGUUUGUGGAGUGAGUUCCAGAUCAGACUGACGUUUGGAGCGGGAGUGACAUCAGGAGUGACGUCGGGAGUGACAUCGGGAGUGACGUCGGGAGUGACGUCGGGAGUGACAGGACGUCUCCAGGACAUUGAGUCUCAUCACUAUGCAGCGCGUACCCUCCUCCAGCAGUGCCUUAUGAUGCACAGAUGGAUGGUGGUGUGGAAACGGCCAGACCUGCUGUGUGGACUUUACCUGCGUGUGCUGCUGUGGCUGGGCGGAGUGGGAGUGGCCUAUGGAGGGGGUGUGGCCUCGACUGAACCCUCGGCUGUGUGCGACUGCAUCAAGCAAGAACGCUACGCUCGGAAUUACGACUACAUGGAGGGAGGGGACGUGCGGAUUCGCCGACUUUACAGCCGCACGCAGUGGUUCCUCACCGUCGACGAGAACGGAAACAUCAACGGCACACAGGACCCCAACAACUGCUACAGUAUCCUGGAGAUCCGCACGGUCUCAGAGGGAGGCGUCCUGGCAAUCAAAGGGGUGAAGAGUCAGUAUUACAUUUCCAUGAGCAGGUCUGGAAUACUGCAAGGCAAGAAGGAGUACGGCGACAGCUGCAACUUCAAGGAGGUGUUUUUAGAAAACUUCUACACGGCCUACAUGUCGGAGAAAUGGAGUAAAAACGGGAAGGACAUGUUCAUCUCUCUGUCGCAGAAGGGCCGGCCGCUGAGGGGCAAAAAGACUCGCAAAGAGAGCAUCGCCUCACACUUCAUCCCUCGCACGUGCAAGGAGGACGACAGGACGCCGACCUGACCCCACACACACACACACACACACACACACACACAGAGUAAAACUAUCUAUUUAAAAUCUCUGAUGUGUUACGUGUGCGCUCUUCCUUUCAGACGUCAGAAAUGGAAAAUGUUCUUCCAUUUAAACAUGGACUGAUUCCUAAACACGUGAUAAAUCUCUUAAUAAACAUGAUGAAAUGUG